AUGGAAGAAUUACGGCGAAAAAGAAAGUACAUUCCCGAGACAGAAACUGAAACUCAGUGCGAAUCUGAUGACGAAAUUUUCGAGCCAAAUUCGCAAAAGUAUUUACUACACAGGGACAACUUCGAAUUUACACAAAAUAUAAAAACAAAGGAUAUUUUUAUGUGCCCAGAAAAAAAUAUGGUACAUAGUGCAACAUGUACAGAAAAAGUAAUGGUGGAUAGAGCAAUUUGCACAGAAAAUACAAUGGCGGGCAGUGCAAAGGAUAUAGAAAAAAAUAAGGAAGAUGAGGAUCAGGUCCCAACUAUCUUGGACAUCCAUGGAUGUAAAUAUUUUGGCCAGUUGGUUUCAAAUGAAUUGCUGCGCUUCAAGCCAUAUGACAGAAAUAUAAAAAUGCAGCAAAUUUUGGAUAUGAUAAGAAAAUAAUUUUAGUAAGUAGGUACAAUAUAAAAAAAAUUAGAAAAGAGUUUUUAAUGAAACUAGGUUUUAAAUGAAAACCAUAUAUUUAAAAAAGUUACAUAUGCCGGUUCGAUCAAUUUGAGCGGGAAAUUUAAGUACACAAUAAUAUUUCCAAGUAUUUUUGCAUUUGGCGAACUGAAAUACAUAGAUCAAUGUAGUUUUCGUUCAGUAACAGACAUUUUUGCAGUAACCUAAAUGAAACCGUAUACAAUUGAGUUAUGGUCAAUAUUUUUAACACUAUCCCGCCAUCCCGCUCAAUGCAAAUCGGAUCAUCUUAAUCUUUUCUACUGACAUUGUUCUUAAAUUAUAAGACUGAUUGUAUAUCAUUUAAAGGAGACUGGAGACUGAUAUUUUAAGUAAAGUGCCAGAUUGAUUUUUAUGAUUAAGAAGUUUUUUUUUAAUCAGUACCUAUUCAGUUUUUAAUCAAUAUCCUUUACAAAAAAAAAAUGGUGUUUCACAAAUUUUGCUCUAUUAUUAUUGACCAUUUCUUAUAAAAGUAAACUGAACAUGUGAUUACAAAAAUAGUUCAGAAGUCCGUAGACAACCAGUAUGUACUGUCAGUAGUAUUUUUAAAAUAAGUACCUGACUGAUCGUAUUUUUUUUUAAUUAAACAUUUAAAUUUGAAAAUCAGCAAAAUCAAAUUAUAGUGAGUAGCCU